CACGAUAAAGUGCAGUACGGGAAUUACAAAUCGAGAAAAAUAGACACUAUAGUCACGACAUUGAAGAACUUCGUUAUUGAAGCAAUUACGAAACGGACAGGAAAAUUUAAAGAUCAGAGGUUAUAUAUUUAAAAAUGUUAUGAAGAAAAUUUGGAAAGACAUCAAAAUUUUGGAUUCCAAUCUUUUAAAGAGAAAGUCUAGAGCAAUGACUGGAUCCACAUCACAGAAGCAAUACACAAUGAAACCACAAGGUACGGAGAAAUAUAUAUUUCGAUUGAUGAACCAGCAAAGAAGAGAAAAUGGCUCUGAAAACUGUGAAGUAAUUCUGCUGACAAAGGGAAUUAAGCAUUUUGGUCACAAAACUGUCUUGAAAUUAUAUAGUGAGUUUUUCCGUCAAUAUUUUGAAGAUGAGGCAAAAAACAAGCUCUUGUGUGGAAAUGAUACCAAAUCAACGGAUGAAAGUGAUAAAUUAAUUAAAUAUGACCAACAUAAACCAAGUAAAGUAAAAGGACAAAACCAUACUACAAUACAUUUGCCCGGUAUCAACUCGGAAGAACUCAGUCCCAUUCUGGAGUACAUGUACGGCUCAAAACUUUCAUUGAAAGCCGAAAACGUAAACGAAAUUUUGUUUGUUGGAUGCCUGCUUCAGAUACCAACUAUUAUUGAAUUCUGCUCAGAAGUACUACUCGAGCAACCUGAUUGGCGUUCGCCACUUGUAUCUGAAAAAAUUCACAAUUUUGCCAAAACUAAAGAUUUGAAAGAGGACAACUCAAAACGGCAUGGUGGCAUACAUGUUCAAAAUGUACCACCCACAUCAACAGAUGUCACGUGGACUACUGAAGGAAUAAGGACAACCACUUUGCAACCGCUUAAAAUAAACACUAAUACAAAAGAAGAUUCGAUCUGCCAAGAAACAGAGGAGACCAACAGACCAAAAUGUAACAGUGCCACGUUACAUGACGACUCUACAAUCCAGCAUAACGUCCGCAGAUUGUUAGUUGCACAACAUAAAAGAAAGCGACAAUAUCCUUGGACCAACGCAUCAAGCGGUGAAUUACUUGAACACAGAAACGUCAUUCCAAAUAUUGUUGACGAAACCUUCAUCAGUGAAAAACAAGUUGCGAUGGGUAAAACAGAGACUCGAAACGGCAAUAAAAGAUGUUCUGGCAGCGAUUUUUAUUCACAAAAAUAUGCACGCCUGAAUUCAGAAAUGACUGGAUGGAUACCAUCACCAUUUAUGCCAUCUAACACUGCCGAUACCAUGUUUCUACCAAAACAUGAUUUUGACCCAACGAGAAAUGUCGCAGAUAGUUUCAUUCCUGUUAGUACAAACUUUAUGGAAACAACUUCUGUUGUUGGAAAGAAACUAUUACCAAAAUUGAGCUACCCUAAUUCGGCAAAAAUGUUUCAAAUGCCAUUCCGAAGUUCGGAUUACAUCGAAGAACAAUUACCCAAAAAUAAGCAAGCAAACUGCCUGGGCGUCGAAUCCGCAAGGUCGUUUCCCCAAAUCAAUGGACUAAAUCAGAAUUUGACAACCGCGUAUGCUCCCACGUUAGCUUUACCAAUUUUUCAUCAUGGAUACUUUGGAUAUCCUAUGAUAGAAUCGGUCGGUGCCUUGGGACACCUGAGCAAUUUGUCAGGUUUUUACAACGAGGUUAUGCCAUCGAAUACCCAGUACGACUACGCGAUACGUCAACUUCAGAGUCAAAAAUACGUAUCAAAGGCAGAGACCAAUUUUAUGGCUUGUUCAACUCAAAAUUUGUGUCCUCCGCCGUUAAUCGACAAGCGAUAUGCACAAACGCUAUUUCAAAGAAAUCCAUCCACACUAAAUUUCUGCAAUUCCAAAGAUUUAUUAGGGGGAGUGAUUGAUAUAGGCAGCUACGGGCUGCAUAUGACGGGAGAAGAUGACAUUAAUCAAGCAUCCAAGCCUUUGAACCUCGUAUGUAAACCAAAUGAUAAACUCCAGCAACACGGUUUAGAUGUGGAAAAUAAAUUGCAUUUCGACGUCCAAUCUACGAAAUUUUCUUCCAUUCCAGUUCCAGAAUCAGACACAAUUUGUAAAUCUGAAGACCCGGGCGCACAACACGCAUCAUCAACGAACGAAACACCACUUAAUACGCAGAAACACACCCUCAUUAAUGAUACUUAUGUGGAUUACCACAAACGAAAACGGAAGUAUUUGCGUGCUGCGGGUAUCGAAAGUUCGGGUUUUUCGAAAACCGACGCCGUAAAAUCGCCUCAUCAUCAAUACAACAAAGUAUUUGAAGAUGAAGGAAAACCUCCUGCUGUUCAAAGGGGCCAAUGCUCAAGUGAAGAUAAUAUAAUUACUCGCGAAUGCCACCAAAUGGAUGUUAGCGAACCCGAAAGCGAUGACUCAGGUCGUCCAAGCAGUGUUUGAUGUCUCAAGGUGACGACUUCUUCGUAAGAUGUAUUUCAACAGGUGCAAUUAUUAAGCAAUCAUUAUGUAUUGAAUCAUGGUACUUUACGUUAUUUUUUGUUUGGUAAUGCGUUUAAAGAUUUGUAUAUUUUUAUAUAAAAAUACUGUCCAGAAGGUCUUCGAAUUUCAUUCCUAUACUUUAAUUUUCGAUAUUCUUAUUGCCAUGUUUUAUUUUAAUUAAGGCAUUGUUUGUUUCUUUUCUACAAUUAUUAUGUGAUUUCUUUAUUUCUAAAAAAAUGGUUUGCUUGACAAAAUAAAAUUUUGCAUUUCAUCUGUUCCUUACAUUCUACACAUUCCAAUCUCCUAUUUUCAACAUUAUCCACAGCUUGUUCCAACUAGUGCGAUCAUUGGUGCA